GUUCUUAAAAUAAUAGUAAUAAAAGUACUUUUGCUUCUUGCACAAACACAUAUGACAUCCUGAAAGUCCCCCCAUAAAGCUGAUAGUACUAUUGAUCUAUUUUCUCUGAUUGAACUUUAUCAGAUCAUGAUUUGUCACUUUAAAAAAGUUGUUUGGUUUUACACCAACAGGUGUGUGUGUGUGUGUGCAUUCUUGAGCACAUAAUCAUCACCUUGCUCCUCCUCAUCAUUCACCACCUCCUCCAGGAAUCAGUUCUUCAUCAUUCAAACCUCCUAAGAACUUUUAUUUUCACUAAUCGACUUAGAUCAGCUUAUGUAAUAUUAGAAAUACACACAACAUCUGGAAUCCAGCUGGUAAUUAAUUAAGCUAUUUCACCCUAUUUUCUUUGUAAAUUGCCCAACAUUUGUUUCAUCAGUAUAUCUGUGGAGUCAUCCUUCAACGCCAGCUGCUACUGACUCCUCUCUUCCAUUCAGUGGCUCUAUAGAUUUUCCCCAAGUGAUAAAUUGGACACGGGGAGCCACUGAGAUGUGACCUUUUUGUCUAAGAUGGACCUAAUUAUGUUCAAGUUGUUUGGAUAAGCCCUAAUAACAACAUAUAGGUGGUAAUGUUAAAACAAUCAAUGAGGGAGGAAGUGAUUUAAGAGAACCAUCUCAACACAACUUUAAACAAAAAUGUAUUUUAAAGAAUGUUUCUUUAAACUUUCAAGCAUCACCAUUGUUUGUAUGUUGGUCUCCUCUCAUUUGAUUGAAGAAACGCACAGACUGUUCCAUCCAUCACCUCCACCCCUCCCUUCACUCCUCAAAUCCAGAAGCGCUUGGUUUCUAGCCCAUUCUCUCUCCUAAAGCUGAAACUUGCAGAAAGCUGCGCGUUGGACUUCGAGUCUCCAGUUUCUGGUGGAGAUGAACCAACUGUGGACCGAUUCUGCAAGAGGUACAAGUUGUAAAUGCUGGUUUUAGCGCGCGCUCAUUUGAUGGACUUUUUUAUCUCCAAAGGUCAAAGUAGCGCAGUGCAAGAGCGCGUCCGAUUCUUUCCUCUGCAAAAAUAUCACCCACAAGCAGGCUGGAAGACCAUCCAAUCGGGAGAACUCCGCAGGUCCGCAGAGCGCAGAUGAUCGCAACUGGUGUCUGUAGCGUCGCGCUGGUGCUGGUGCUGGUGGUGCUGAUUCCGGUCAUGGUGAACUCCGCCGGAACUCCUGCUCGCUACGAGAUGCUCGGAUCCUGUCAGAUGGUGUGUGAUUCUCACGGGACCGCGACCGCGGCCACGGCGAAGGCUACCAGCCCGAUCAAAGACAACCGGCUUCUCCAGUCGCUGCCAACCUUCAUCCAAGGUCCGCAAGGAGAGCCGGGUCGGGUCGGGAGGAUGGGACCUAGGGGCCCGGUGGGUGAACCCGGGCCACCGGGACCGGCGGGUCCGCCAGGAGAGAGAGGACCACCCGGCCUUCCGGGUCCACCCGGGUUACCAGGAGCAAACGGGCCGAACGAUGCCAUCAGCGCAGCCACUUACAACACCGUGCCAAAGAUCGCCUUUUACGCAGGGCUGAAGAAGCAGCACGAGGGCUACGAAGUUUUAAAAUUUGAUGACGUUGUCACUAAUCUCGGUAACCACUACGAUCCAUCAAACGGAAAAUUCACCUGUUCGAUCCCCGGGAUUUACUUCUUUGUUUACCAUGUGCUGAUGCGAGGCGGGGACGGAACCAGCAUGUGGGCCGACCUCUGCAAAAACAACCAGGUGAGAGCCAGCGCCAUCGCGCAGGACGCGGACCAAAACUACGACUAUGCCAGCAACAGCGUCGUUCUUCAUCUGGAGCCCGGGGACGAAAUUUACAUCAAGCUGGACGGAGGGAAGGCACACGGAGGCAACAACAACAAAUACAGCACCUUUUCCGGCUUCAUGCUGUAUGCUGACUGAACCCAGCAGGAGCAGCACAACAGCUGGAGGAGGAGGAUGAGGAGGAGGAGGAGAGCCGCUCUGCACAUUGCUUGCUUCAAUGCUCCUGCUCAGUCCAAUGUCAGCUGGAAUAUAUGAGACAGACCUCACAGUUUCUGUUGAAAAUAAUCAAAAUUGAUAUGAAGGAAGUUGUGCAAAAAACUGUGUUUGCAGCAGCGAAAGGCUGAAAAAUGUAAUCACAAGACCAGUUUAAUUUGUAGCCACAGCCAAGCUGUCAGACUGAUUAGUGUGCACUCUGAAUGAACUUUUUGCUUUACUAAUUUAGUUUGCUGAAGUGUCAAACCAACUGUAGCUGCUGUAACAUAUACUGAGUGGGUGUAAAUUGAAAUAUCAGUGUGUUGACAUUUAGCACUCGAUUCUGGAUGCUUCAAACUCAUUUCACUGUGUUUUAAGUCAAUUUAUGUGCUUUAUUUAUUCAAAAUAACACACCCUAGCUGUUGCAUUUUGGGGGUAAAAAUAUUACAAGUUGUGAUGAUGCAUGCUUAUUUAAAAAAUGACAUUUUAAAAGUGUACAUCUAAUUAAUGGGGCAUUGUGAUGUUCGAUUUGAAGCAUCGUCGCAACAUGAACACUCGAGUCAUCCUUCACGUGUGCUCAGAGGUGACAUCUGGUUCAGGCAGCAGGGUAGCCUGGUGGUUAGUCACCAUCUCAGAAGUGGACAGUACCGCCGACUGACACGUCCCAACAUUCUCCAAAUCCGCUUUUUAAGCCUUCUCCCGACGACGUGUCAAACUAAAAAUCCUCUGGCUCACUUUGUGGCAGUCCCCGAGAAGAUUCAUCGAAGCUAUACAGUUGUUCACGACACACACAUACAGUCAGCUAUGGCGAUCGCACCAUUGAUCAUGUGCUGAAGUCACCCUGUGAGGCCACCUGUUCCCAGAUGAGAGCAGGACGCGUCCUUCAUCUGUGCCAGACCGCCAGCCUCCCGUAGACACGCAGAGACACCCAGCGAGGGGCAACAGGACAACUCAUCUAGCACAAUGUGUCAAGAUCCGAGCAGCAUACUGAUUACUAACACGCUCAUUAUUUCCCCGCCAGCUAACGUGUUUGCAGAGAUGUCGCAAAUAGAGAGGGUGAUGAUGUUUAAAUUAAAACAAAAGCUGGGUACUGUAGCACCAUAUGUGUGAGCAGAAGUGUUUCUCUUUUGUCUUCGCCCUCUUGACCUCAUGUGGACAAGCUAAAGUUAACUUUUGUGUCAAAAAGACAUACAUAAAUGGGGUCAUAAGUCCUGCAAGGCUCCAAAGAAUCUAAUUAAAAUGUUUCAUCUGGACAAAAAAGCUGUUUGUCUUUAUUUCCCAUGGAAACAGAUGAAGAUGUUUAUAAACAUUCAAAAUGAUCAACAUCCAUUUAUCGUGAGCUGAAUGAUUUAAGGUGCCAACAUCACAUUAGAAUUAACGAGUCUGCUGCUCCAAACUUCUCUGAAUAUGUUCAUUAUGGGGUGUCGAGUAUAAAAUAAAAUUAAGAUUCCAUCGAAA